AUGGAUACUCUUUUGACGGCAGAAAUCAUUGCCAAUUCCCCGCGAUUUCGGCGAAAGUCGUCGACCUUUGUGGACGCCAUCCAUGACUUACCUGAAAAAGCUGAGCUUGCACCAGCUCAGUUGUACAGCACGGAAUCCGGUCGACUUUUCCACUCAGGUCGAAUUGUCAUUAUCACCGUAGGCCUACCGGCGAGGGGUAAAACGCAUAUAUCUGUAGCUCUGGCACGGUAUCUCCGAUGGCUUGGUGUUAAAACCAGGAUCUUCCACUUGGGAGACUACAGACGUGCGACGAUUCCUCAUGGUGAAGAUAUACCGGAUGAUUACUUCUUCGUCAAUGCAUCCGCAUCUUCAGUCCUUCUGAGGCAGAAGAUUGUGAAAAAAUGCCGAGAGGACAUAUACAACUUCCUGAACCAUGAAAAUGGUCAGAUCGCAAUCUACGAUGCUGUCAACCCUCUGCCUAGUGGGCGGCGGUCGCUUGCAAAGGAGUUUGCAAAGCAUGAUAUCGAGACGCUUUUCAUAGAGUCAUGGUGUGAUGAUGAACGCAUUAUCGAGGAGAAUGUCCGCAGGGUAAAGAUAUCUUCUCCAGAUUAUGUUGGAUGGACAUCAGAAGAUGCAGUAAAGCAUUACCUGAAUCGCAUCUCCUCCCGAAUUCCCCAAUUCCAAACGAUGGAGGAGAAGGAUUUGAAUUACAUCAAGAUGAUAAAUGCAGGGGAGAGAUUGAUAAUCAACGACUGCAGCUUUGGCUAUCUAUCUCACCGAAUUGUGUUUUAUCUUCUCAACUUGCAUACCAAGUCUAGACAUACAUACUUUGCACGGGCUGGUGUCUCAUUGGACUCUGACUCUUACAAAUCAGAUGCCUCCUUGUCGGAGCAAGGUGAGGACUAUGCAAAGAAAAUGACCGAGUGCUUGUUGCAACACAGAGAGUCUGAAAAGAAGGCAAUGGCCGAACAAGGGGAAACAGGCUAUGAGUUAAAACCAUUGACUGUGUGGACUUCGACAAGGCGACGAACCGUCGAGACCUCUCACUACCUUUUUGAAAAUGGUUACAAAGUUCGACAAAGGUCGCAAAUGAGCCAGCUGAACCCCGGUGUCUGCGAGAAGAUGUCUGAAAACAACAUUCGACUGGAGUACCCAGAAGAGGUGGCUAAGCACGAACUUGACCCCUACCACCACCGGUAUCCCCGCGCAGAGUCAUACCAUGACCUCGCUGUGCGUCUAGAGCCCAUAAUUUUGGAGCUUGAGCGGGAGCAAAACGAUCUACUCAUCAUUGCCCAUGAGAGUGUGCUAAGGGUUUUGUAUGGCUAUCUCAUGGCAUGCAAUGCUGCAGACAUCCCAUUCUUAGAAUUUCCUCGAAACGAGAUUAUCGAGAUAAUUCCCGAGAGUUACCAGAACGAGUCUAAACGAAUUCACAUUCCUGAUCUCCCAGAAGAUAUCGUCCCUGACUCACCCGAAGAUAUCAAGAUCCCGGUACCUCCCAGUGGGGUUAUGAGUCCGAUUCAAGGACUUGGUAGUCCACAAGAAGGACUCUCAACACCACAAAGUGGACUUCGAACCCCUCCAUUCAUGGUGUCCAUUACAACCGACUACAUUAGUGUUGGGGGGAAUAGGCAUCCAGCCGCUGCUGACUGGGAUGUCCAGUCGGGCGUGCUCGCCUUCGGUGCAGACAAUAACGUGGCUCUGUGGGAUCCGAGGGAUACCUCGCAGCAUGGAGUCUAUUCCCUCCUCGUGGGCCAUACUGACAAAGUCAGCGUUGUCAAGUUUUACACAUGUCCCACCACGGGUGCGAAGUUCCUUCUUACCGGGUCCGUCGAUCAUACACUCCGACUAUGGCGAACUGAUUCAACGGAGUCGCGUCAAUACGUACAUGCGCAUACCCUGGAGGGCCAUACUGGUUCGGUCAAUGCGAUUGCCAUAGCCAAUGGAUCGGAUAUUAUAGCUUCGGGUGCGGCAGAUGGAAGCGUGAGAAUCUGGAGACUGAAUGUUCAUGAAGGUGGACAUGGAUCUAUUCUAAAAACGAUAUAUAUGAAACCACGAUUUUUCCCACUGGCUCUAUCAUUGUGUCAGCUCGAAACAAACGAAAAAGACCGAUCCCUGGUAUUGGCUGUGGCAGGUACCAUGAGUAUCGUGCAACUAUAUGUUGCCAACAGUUCAAUUGAUCCAGAAUUCAGACUUGCUGCUGUGCUCUCGGGACAUGAAGCUUGGGUGAGGUCGCUUUCUUUCACCCGUGACAAGCAAAGUCAGACUGGCGAUCUUCUACUCGCAUCAGCUAGUCAGGACAAAUAUAUCCGACUUUGGCGAUUACAACAGGGCGAGGCAGCUCAGCCAGAACCGACCGAUGAUGAAGGUACUAUGCUUGGUGGUAUUGAGCCGACAUUGUCCAACAAGGCCCAUGAGUUCGAAGCAGCAGGAUCUAAGUAUUCUGUUACUUUCGAAGCCCUUCUUUUCGGAAAUGAGGACUGGAUCUACACCACCGCAUGGAAUCCCAAUUCAGAGCGUCAGCAGCUUCUGUCUGCGUCCGCAGACAAUACUCUGACUAUUUGGGAGCAGGACUCGGUGUCUGGGGUUUGGCUCUCAGCCGAGAGGAUGGGAGAGAUCAGCGUGCAGAAGGGAUCUACUACAGCAACUGGCAGUACGGGUGGCUUCUGGAUCGGACUCUGGUCCCCAGAUGGAAAGCAAGUUGUGAGUCUAGGCCGAACAGGUAGCUGGAGGUCUUGGAGCUAUGAUGAGGACUCCGACAUUUGGGUGCAGAAACUGGGUAUCUCUGGCCAUGUGCGUUCUGUUAAUGGUAUUCGGUGGGAGCCUACUGGGGGAUAUCUUAUUUCGACUAGUGCAGACCAAACAACUCGACUCCAUGCACAGUGGCUUCGUAAUGACUUGAGAACGUGGCAUGAAUUUUCGAGGCCCCAAAUCCAUGGGUACGAUUUGAACUGUGUUGAUACGUUGGGACCCGCGCGUUUUGUUUCUGGUGCAGAUGAGAAACUUUUGCGAGUUUUCAAUGAGCCUAAACCUAUCGCCCAUCUCCUGGAGAAUCUUGCCGGUUUCAAACAGUCAGGAGGGGAAGAUCUUCCGGACACCGCAGAAAUCCCGGUUCUUGGUCUGUCAAACCAAGCCCCCGGUGAGGAAAUUACGGUAGAAGAGGAGGGCGAGAAUGGAGCUGCGAAACCGCCAACAAACCAGGAAGCCUUAUCUAAUUCGAACCAACCUCCUCUUGAAGACCAGCUUGCCCGUUAUACGUUGUGGCCAGAGCAUGAGAAGCUAUAUGGACACGGCUACGAGAUCUCUGCCGUAGCUGUCAGCCAUGACCGCACCCUCAUUGCCACAGCCUGCAAAGCAAGCUCCAUAGACCAUGCAGUGAUACGUCUAUUUGACACAUCUGACUGGCACGAAAUCCGGCCUCCUCUCACAGCACAUUCUUUGACUAUAACGAGCCUUUGUUUCUCCAAUGAUGAUCGUUAUCUUCUCAGUGUUGGGCGAGAUCGUCAGUGGGCUGUUUUCCAGCGGGAUGAACAAAGCCCUACUACAUUAUCGCUCCUUGCAUCGAAUCCUAAGGGCCAUUCGAGAAUGAUUCUGGGAGCCGCGUGGGCUCCAGUGUCAGCAAAUCACGUCUUUGCUACGGCUGGACGUGAUAAGUCGGUGAAACUUUGGCAAAUGGUAGCAGGGUCGUUUGCUUGCAAGUCAACAAUCUCUCUGACAAGCUCAGUCACAGCAAUUUCCUUCCUUCCCACCGUGCUGAAGAACUCGUUCCUUAUAGCAGUGGGUCUGGAUAACGGAGAAGUAUCAAUCCACCAAAUUGCAGUCGACGGUUCAGAAACAACUCCCAUCGUCACUGUUGACAGACUGGUAUCUCCGUCAAAGGGAAUUACGCAACUUUCAUGGCGACCUGCUGCUUCGAAAGAUCCACAACAAGAGUGUAAAUUCGAGCUUGCUGUUGCAAGCGAGGACACUUCGGCGCGUAUAUAUACCAUCUCUAACAUCAUUUCGUAG